AGGGCGGCGGAACGCAGAGAUGAGUCUUGAGAAACUGGCUUAGAGGGGAGAGACGGAAUUCAUGUUUCGUAUCGAGAGCGGCCAUUGCAAACAUUUAGAUUUUUUUUGUUUUCUUUGAUCAUAUCUGUCUGCUAGAUAAGUAAUAUUGACCUAAACAGAAAACGACACUACUGAUAGAGGAGCCUAGAAAUGCGCUGGAAAUCUAGGAUCGACUAAAGCGCGUGCGUAUUGCAAUUGAGCCCAUUGCCGCCCUGUUCGAUACUACAGCAGUAGAGUCCACUGGAGAGAACCACUGCUUUCGGGUCUUUACGUCUGUACAUAUAUACAUUUUAACAUGGCCUCCGAGCAAGAAACGAACAGACGCCGCUUACGGGAGCUUCUGAAUAUACCAGGAAACGGUAACUGUGCUGAUUGCGGUGCUCCAGGACCGGAGUGGGCAUCCUUCACCCUGGGUGUCUUCAUGUGUCACACCUGCUCAGGCAUCCACCGGAACAUCCCUCAGAUCAGCCGGGUCAAGUCCAUCUUUCUCGACCCCUGGGACACCUGCGAGGUGGAGUUCAUGGCCUCCACUGGAAACAACGCUGCCAAAGCCAAGUAUGAACAGAAGGUGCCACCAUUCUAUUACUGCCCAACAAAAACAGACUGCCAGCUCUUGCGGGAACAGUGGAUCCGAGCCAGAUAUGAGAGGAAUGAGUUUAUCCAUGUGGAGAGACAGGAGUCAUACUCGGCAGGCUAUAGGGAAGGGUUUCUAUGGAAACGAGGAAGAGACAACGGACAGUUCCUGAGCCGAAAAUUUAUCCUCUCUGAGCGCGAGGGAGCGCUGAAGUACUUCAACAAGCAUGACGCCAGGGAGCCCAAAGCUCUGAUGAAAAUCCAAACAAUUAAUGCCACCUUCCAGCCAGCCAAGAUAAGCAACCCUCAUGGACUCCAGAUCACUUACUUGAAAGACAACAGUACCAGGAACAUCUUUGUGUACCAUGAAGAUGGGAAGGAAAUGGUAGACUGGUUUAACGCCAUACGCGCUGCUAGGUUCCAUUAUUUACAAGUUGCUUAUCCUGGAGCCCAUGAUGUUGAUCUGGUGCCCAAACUGACGAGGAACUAUAUCAAGGAGGGGUACAUGGAAAAGACAGGGCCAAAGCAUACGGAGGGUUUUAAGAAGCGCUGGUUCACCCUGGAUGACAGGAGGCUCAUGUACUUCAAAGACCCAUUGGAUGCUUAUGCCCGAGGAGAAGUGUUUAUUGGCAGUAAGGAAAGCGGCUACACAGUGUUGCUGGGCCUGCCCCCUUCAACCCAGGGCAACCACUGGCAGUUUGGCAUCACCAUAGUGACACCAGACAGGAAGUUCCUGUUCGCCUGCGAGACAGAAGCAGAGCAGAAGGAUUGGGUGGCAGUAUUUCAGGGCGUGGUCAACAGACCCAUGUUACCUCAGGAGUAUGCAGUGGAAGCUCGCUUCAAGCACAAACCCUGAGCCUGGCAGGGGAGGUGAGUGCUCUGUACUGGUGGAAGACUCAGAGCAGCUACAGAGGCCCUCAGGGGACACACACCACCAGAGCCUAACAUAUGGGGUGCAGAGAAGAGACCAAGCCAAGCACCAGGGCCCCCAGCACACCUUCUGUGCCGACACGACUGUGCCAACUUUGUGCUUUAACAUACCGAUGACUAUGUCCACCUAGCCACCUUUCUGCAUCCCCCAGUGCCACUGUAUAUAUGAUAAUUCUUUAAACUCCUCCUUAGCAGAAAUGUUAUUUGAUGAGAACAUUUAAGUAGAAUGAAGGCAGUAAUUGAUCCCUCAGAACAGGUCAGUAGAAUGUAUUGCUGCUAUCAGCGUUUUUGACCUCAGAAUGUAUGAUUUAUUAAAGUUCCAUAGUCCUUAUAACUUAAGACAGGCGUCCAUAAUUUCUAGGUAAAAGUGUCAAAUGUAACUCCUGGUAUUUAUUUAUUUAUUUGUUUGUCUUACUGUGUUCAGCAGAGGGGCAUUCUUGUGUUAAUAUUGAAGGAAGUUAUAAUGAAUGAAAGAAAAGAAACUCUGUUUAAUAGUGACCAUGUAAUUGAUCAGAUAUAAAUACACUUCAUAAACUUGAUAAACUUUGAGUAUAUUGUGUGCAUAAAAAUUAUUUUAAUGAGAAAUAGCACAUGGUUUAUGUACUCUUAUGGAUAUAUAUGCAAAUAACACAGUUCUGAUGAAACAACAAAAGUCCCCCUCUACAAUUCAUUGCUGUAAGAUGUUACACCGGAAAUCACAAAUCUGACCACAGAAAGCUUUCUAACCACAGCUAUUUCAGCAGAAAACUACAGACAUUCAUAUUAUAAUGGAAACCUACUAUUUCACAAUCAUCAAACUGCCUCUGGAAGGCUUGCUGACUGAAUCCAACGUGAAGAUUUGCAGAAGACUGCAGGACUCUGCUGUAAUCUAGGCAUUUCACAUCGAACAUUGAACAUCGAACGAAUUAAAUCAAAAUAAAAUAAAUCUUCCACUCC